UAGCGGUGUACGUCUUCCAUGUCUACCAUUCUCGAUCUAUCCCCAUAAGAAUUAAGACUCAUGCGGUCUCUUCGCCUUCUUCUGGCACUGGGACUGCUGUCGACAGUAGUGCAAGCUUCUUCUGCAAUUGAUGCAACAUGCGACUCGGAUUAUGGGCAACUCGGCGAGUCUGGAGACUGCGAGUGUCGCGAAGGCUUCAGUGGCCUUGGGUGUCGCAUGUGCACUGCCAGCACCGACCAAGAUGCCUCCGAUGUUUGUAGCUCUGCUCUAGGCAGCGGCUAUUCGUGCGCCACGGGGCUCAUCUACGACGCCAACUCGUUAGGCAAAACGUACUCCUGCAAGCUGUCGAGCGAUCUUCAAGUUCUUUUCCCGGACGGCGCUAUUGAUGUGAGCUGUGAACGAGACGACCAGGGCGACGGCAACUGCAUUGCUGCGGCUUACAAGGCCAAGGAGACGGUGAACAGUGAGCAUGUCAUCGACUGCA